UAAAGAUUGGAUCUUGGUACUGCUAUUCAGCUGCUGUGUUGGGGAAAUAGAAUCGACUUUUGAAGGGCAUUUGAUGGUCUUCGUGAAAGGAAUCCUGAGGUAGAUCGAGAAGCAGCUGAAGUUCCGAUCGGAUCGAGCUCUGUGGAAAUGGCUGCUCCUGUCAAUAUUGUUGUAGGAUCUUUUGUUUGGGUGGAGGACCCUGAUGUAGCUUGGACAGACGGAGAAGUUUUGGAGGUCAAUGGUGAAGAAAUUAAGGUCAGCUGCACGUCAGGGAAAAUGGUUGUUGUUAAUAGAUCCAAUGUCUACCCCAAAGAUGCUGAAGCACCGCCAUGUGGUGUGGAUGAUAUGACAAAACUGGCGUAUUUGCAUGAACCGGGAGUGCUUGAAAACUUAAGAAGUAGAUAUGAUAUGAAUGAAAUUUAUACUUAUACAGGAAAUAUAUUGAUUGCUGUGAACCCGUUUAGAAGAUUACCUCAUUUGUAUGACAGCCAUAUGAUGGAACAAUAUAAGGGGGCAGCUUUUGGUGAGCUGAGCCCUCAUCCCUUUGCUGUUGCAGAUGCUGCAUACAGACAAAUGAUUAAUGAGGGGAUUAGCCAAGCAAUUCUAGUUAGUGGAGAAAGUGGUGCUGGUAAAACUGAAAGCACUAAAAUGCUUAUGCGCUAUCUUGCUUACAUGGGAGGGAGAGCUGUUUCUGAGGGGCGAACUGUGGAACAACAAGUAUUAGAGUCCAAUCCUGUUCUUGAAGCAUUUGGCAAUGCAAAGACCGUGAGAAACAAUAACUCAAGCCGUUUUGGCAAGUUUGUGGAGAUUCAGUUUGACCAACAUGGGAGGAUUUCUGGAGCUGCCAUCAGAACUUACUUGCUUGAGCGAUCACGUGUUUGUCAAGUGUCUGAUCCUGAGAGAAAUUAUCACUGUUUCUACAUGCUGUGUGCUGCCCCAUCUGAGGAUGUUGAGAAGUUCAAAGUGGGAAAUCUAAGAUCAUUUCAUUAUCUGAAUCAAUCGAAUUGCUAUGAGUUGGAUGAAAUAGAUGAUGCAAAGGAAUAUCUUGCGACUAGAAGGGCAAUGGAAGUGGUUGGAAUUAGCUCUGAAGAACAGGAUGCCAUUUUCCGAGUUGUGGCUGCAAUCCUCCAUUUGGGAAAUAUCGAAUUUAAAAAAGGGCAAGAGACUGAUUCAUCUGAGCCCAAAGAUGAAAAAUCUUGGUUCCAUCUAAGAACUGCGGCAGAGCUUUUCAUGUGUGAUGCAAAGGCUCUUGAAGAUUCCUUAUGCAAGCGUGUUAUUGUGACUCGUGAUGAGACUAUAACUAAAUGCCUUGAUCCAGCCGCUGCGACUCUCAGCAGAGAUGCUUUGGCGAAGAUUGUGUAUUCAAGAUUAUUUGACUGGCUUGUAAAUAAGAUCAAUAAUUCAAUUGGUCAAGACCCAAAUUCAAAGUCCUUAAUUGGAGUGCUGGAUAUAUAUGGAUUUGAGAGUUUCAAGACAAACAGCUUUGAACAAUUCUGUAUCAAUUUGACAAAUGAGAAACUACAGCAACAUUUCAACCAGCAUGUUUUUAAAAUGGAGCAAGAAGAGUACACAAAAGAGGAAAUUGAUUGGAGUUAUAUAGAAUUCAUUGACAAUCAGGAUGUUCUGGAUCUCAUUGAAAAGAAGCCUGGUGGCAUAAUUGCUCUUCUGGAUGAGGCUUGUAUGUUUCCAAGAUCAACACAUGAGACAUUUGCCCAAAAGCUGUACCAGACAUUCAAAAACCAUAAACGCUUCAGCAAGCCAAAGUUGUCCCAGUCUGACUUUACCAUUUGCCAUUAUGCUGGUGAUGUCACUUAUCAAACGGAGUUGUUCCUGGACAAGAACAAAGAUUAUGUUGUUGCUGAGCAUCAGGCACUUUUGAGUGCUUCAAAGUGUUCAUUUGUCUCAGGUUUGUUCCCACUUUUGGCUGAGGAGUCAUCCAAAUCAUCAAAGUUCUCAUCAAUAGGUUCACGAUUUAAGCAACAACUGGUAUCUUUGCUUGAAACUCUGAGUGCAACUGAGCCACACUAUAUUCGCUGCGUAAAACCCAAUAAUCUUUUGAAACCAGCUAUUUUUGAGAACAGUAAUGUUCUACAACAACUUCGAUGUGGGGGAGUCAUGGAAGCAAUUAGAAUAAGUUGUGCAGGAUAUCCUACUAGAAGAACUUUUUUUGAGUUUCUAAGUCGUUUUGGCAUCCUUGCCCCUCAGGUUUUAGAUGGCAGCUGUGAUGAGAUUACUGCUACUAGGAGGCUGCUGGAGAAGGUGGACCUUAAAGGCUAUCAGAUUGGCAAAACAAAGGUGUUUCUUAGGGCUGGCCAGAUGCCAGAGCUAGAUGCCCGUAGGGCUGAGAUUUUAGGGAGAUCUGCAAGCAUUAUCCAGAGGAAACUUCGAUCUUACUUAGCUAGGAAAAGCUUCAUUGUGUUGCGGCGUUCUGUCAGACAGAUUCAAGCUGCAUGCAGAGGGGAACUUGCCCGACAACUUUAUGAGAACAUGCGGAGAGAAGCUGCAUGUCUAAGGAUCCAGAAAAAUUUGCGCAUGCAUCUUGCUAGGAAAGCUUACAAAUCAUUGCAGUCGUCGGCUAUUUCAAUUCAAACCGGUAUUCGUGGGAUGGCUGCUCGUAAUAAACUUCGUUUUCAACGACAGACGAAGGCCGCAAUUACCAUCCAGAGUCGAUGCCGGCAAUACUUAGCUCGUCUACAGUAUAUGAGGAUAAAGAAAGCUUCCAUAACCACCCAAUGUGCUUGGAGAGGAAAGGUUGCUCGAAGAGAACUAAAGAAGCUUAAAAUGGCGGCAAGGGAAACUGGUGCUCUGCAGGCUGCCAAGAAUAAGUUGGAAAAGCAAGUUGAAGAAUUGACGUGGCGGUUACAACUGGAGAAGCGCAUGAGGGCUGACUUGGAGGAAGCUAAGACUCAAGAAAAUGUGAAACUGCAAUCUGCUUUGGAAGAGAUGCAACUUCAGUUUAAAGAAACUAAGGCACAGCUGUUGAAAGAAUGUGAGGCUGCGAAAAUGGCUGCAGAGCAAGCCCCUGUCAUCAAGGAGGUCCCGGUUGUUGAUGAUGCCUUGUUGGAAAGGCUCACUAAGGAAAAUGAAAAACUCAAGGCAUUAGUGAGUACAUUAGAAAAGAAAAUUGAUGAGACAGAGAAAAAAUAUGAAGAAACAAACAAGCUUAGUGAAGAAAGGUUGAAGCAGGCGUUGGAUGCUGAGUCAAAGAUUAUUAAUUUGAAGACUGCAAUGCAAAGGCUCGAAGAAAAACUUUCUGAUUUGGAAAAUGAGGAUCAAAUUCUCCGACAGCAGUCCUUGUUAAAUACACCUGUAAAAAAGAUGUCAGAACAUUUAGCAAUUCCUACAAUUAAGAGUUUGGAAAAUGGUCAUCAUGAGAGUGAAGAACAUAGAGCUAAUUUUUUGCUGCAGGAACCAAUGAGUGCGGCACCUACUAACAAGUUGGGAGUAGAAUCUGACAACAAGUUGAGGAGGUUCCAUAUUGAAAGACAGCAUGAGAGUGUUGAUGCUCUUAUCAAAUGUGUCAUGCAAGAUCUUGGGUUUAGUCAAGGGAAGCCAGUUGCUGCAUUUACUAUAUAUAAAUGUCUGCUUCACUGGAAAUCAUUCGAAGCUGAAAGGACCAGUGUCUUUGAUCGUCUUAUUCAGAUGAUAGGUUCUGCAAUCGAGAAUCAGGAUAACAAUGAGCACAUGGCUUAUUGGCUGUCAAAUACUUCUACCCUGUUGUUCUUGCUACAAAGAAGUUUGAAAGCUGCUGGUUCUCCACGCCGGAAACCUCCCCCUGCUACAUCAUUAUUUGGGAGGAUGACCCAAGGAUUCCGCUCGUCUCCGUCUUCGGCCAACCUUAAUGUAGGUGGGCUGGAUGUUGUACGCCAAGUUGAGGCCAAAUAUCCAGCAUUGCUUUUCAAGCAACAGCUCACAGCAUAUGUGGAGAAGAUAUAUGGAAUUAUUAGAGACAAUGUGAAGAAGGAUCUGUCAUCACUGCUUUCCCUCUGUAUCCAGGCACCACGAACGUCAAGGGGGAAUGUACUGAGGUCAUCUGGGCGGUCAUUGAGCAAUAACUCUCCAGCUAAUCAUUGGCAGAGCAUCAUUGAGACCCUCAAUAUGCUCCUUAGUAUACUGAAAGAGAACUUUGUGCCUUCUGUCCUUGUCCGGAAGAUCUAUACUCAAGUUUUUUCAUAUAUCAAUGUACAACUCUUUAACAGUCUUCUACUACGACGAGAGUGUUGUACAUUCAGUAAUGGGGAGUAUGUGAAAGCUGGGUUAGCGGAAUUGGAGCUAUGGUGUUGCCAAGCAAAAGAAGAGUAUGCGGGCUCAUCUUGGGAUGAACUUAAGCACAUAAGGCAAGCUGUUGGAUUCUUGGUUAUACACCAGAAGUCCCGAAUUUCAUACGAUGAAAUUACUAAUGACCUCUGCACUAUUUUAAGCGUCCAACAGCUUUAUAGAAUUUGUACACUAUACUGGGAUGAUAACUAUAACACUCGCAGCGUGUCUCCAAAUGUCAUUUCUAGUAUGAGGGUACUAAUGACAGAGGAUUCUCACAGUGCUGUUAGCAAUUCCUUUUUGUUGGAUGAUAAUUCAAGUAUUCCCUUCUCUGUUGAUGACUUGUCAAGCACUUUACAAGAGAAGGAUUUCUUGGAUGUAAAACCUGCGGAAGAACUUCUCGAAAAUCCAGCCUUCCAAUUUUUACAUGAGUAAGGCUUGGAACGUUGAUCAUUUUUCCCUUGUUCCAGAAUUUGCCAAGGUAGACACAGGCAGGGUCCAUUAUUUGUGAAGGUAGACAGCAGGCAUCCGGUCCUCUGCUUGAUGCUAUCAUGUGAUGUAAAUCCGCCUCGUAUAUGUUUUCGUAUAAUCAUAUUUUUCUCCGCAUCCAUGCCCUGGUUGUAAAAUUAUUAUUUUACCAUUUAGAUUUUGUAAAAUUUCUUAGGGUAAUUCAGUAUAGUUAAGGGGCAGGGAUGGGUUUUCUUUUUGGUCAAGUGCAUAUCUCCAUUUCCUUUAAUUUCUGGGGUUUGUUUUUUUAUUCUUCUUUUUAUGUUAUUUUUGGGUCCCUGUGGUUAGCAUUCUUUUAUAGGGAGUUUAGGAGGCAAAGCAAGCAUAUUGUUAUUGUAUUGUGCUGGGAGGAGAUGUUCACUUCUUGACCCCUCCCAAUUUUCAUUGUAUAAAGCAACAAGAAAAUAGGUGAAAACAUUUAUAGGGGAAAUUCAUUGGUGAUUGAUGACUGUGCAUCCUUUGUAGACAAUCUAAAUUGAGAUUUUGAGUGUAGUGAUAGUUGUAGAAGGAAAUGUAUCAUUACUUAGUGCUCUUUAUUAUUGAUCAAUGGAAAAAUAAAACAAUUGAGUUGAACAAUAAUCA